CCUACCAAACUCUAAUCUGUAUAAAGCAAUAGAGAAGAGGCAGAUAGAAAGAGAAUUUUGAGUUCAAAAGAUGACUAACUUCCCUGUGAUCAACUUGGAGAAGCUCAAUGGUGAGGAGAGAAAACACACCAUGGAGAAAAUAAAGGAUGCUUGUGAAAACUGGGGAUUCUUUGAGCUUGUGAAUCACGGCAUACCCCAUGACCUAAUGGACACCGUGGAGAGGAUGACCAAAGAGCACUACAGGAAAUGUAUGGAAGAGAGGUUCAAGGAAUUAAUGGCAAGCAAAGGUUUAGAGGCUGUCCAAACUGAGGUCAAGGACAUGGACUGGGAGAGCACCUUCCACUUGCGUCACCUCCCUGAAUCAAACAUCUCAGAGAUCCCUGAUCUCAUUGAUGAGUACAGGAAGGUGAUGAAGGAUUUUGCUUUGAGGAUUGAGAAACUAGCUGAGCAGUUGUUGGACUUGUUGUGUGAGAAUCUUGGCCUAGAGAAAGGGUACCUCAAGAAGGCCUUCUAUGGAUCAAGAGGACCAACUUUUGGCACCAAGGUUGCCAACUACCCUCCAUGUCCCAACCCUGAGCUGGUGAAGGGUCUUCGUCCCCACACCGACGCCGGCGGGAUUAUCCUUCUUUUCCAGGAUGACAAGGUCAGUGGCCUACAGCUUCUCAAAGAUGACCAGUGGGUUGAUGUGCCCCCCAUGCGCCACUCCAUUGUUGUUAACAUUGGAGACCAGCUUGAGGUUAUCACCAAUGGUAAGUACAAGAGUGUGGAGCACCGUGUGAUAGCACAAACUGAUGGGACCAGAAUGUCCAUAGCCUCAUUCUACAACCCUGGCAGUGAUGCUGUCAUCUACCCUGCUCCAGAAUUGUUGGAGAAAGAGGCAGAGGAGAAAAAUCAAGUCUACCCAAAAUUUGUGUUCGAAGACUACAUGAAGCUCUAUGCUAAGUUGAAGUUCCAGGCAAAGGAGCCAAGAUUUGAAGCCUUCAAAGCAUCAAACCUUGAUCCAAUUGCUACUGUCUAAAUAUUUUUACUAUGAUUACCAUCAUGUUUGCUUUGGGAGAAGUGUAACAAAGCACCUAAUGCAUAUGUAAUAUGUAAUAUGUUUACCAGAAGAAUCUAAUCAGAGUAAUAAUAAUAUUAUUAUUAUAUUUUAUAUGAAGGUUGAGGUUA